AUGGGACGUGAGGAGCAUGGAAGGACUUGGUGCAUGGACGCAGCUCAACUGGAUACGCAAAGGAAGAAGGAGGAAGCCAUCUUGAAGACCAGCUCGACCACCACUCGACCAACCGGUCGAGUUCCUCAACUCGACCGGCCAAGCUUCAACUCGAUCGAGCUGAGAAGUCAAAGUCCACUAAGAGCUCCAAUAACUCUUGCUCUCGAAAUGGAGUUCAUAGGGGUUGGAUGGAUUAGUUUGAGCAAUGAUCCUAUGGCCUCCAAGGCUUGA